AUGGUUUACACGGGAAAGCCGAGCCGGGGAUGUGGCAUGUGUAAGAGCCGCAGAAUAAAGUGCGAUGAGAAGCGACCAACAUGUGGCAAUUGCAAGAAGUCUGCCCGAGUAUGUCCCGGCUAUCCCGACGACUUCGAUUUGGUCUUUCGAGAUGAGAACAAAGCUAUGGCCAAGAAGGCGAGGAAAUCCUCUGGGACGACCGCAUCAAGCAAUAGUACCGGGGCGUCAAGCUCGAACACUUCUCCACAUCUUUCACCUUCUUCGACGUUUGAUGUAUCACCGGGAGAAAAUGCAGUACCAGGAGAAAAGGCCUUCCAGAUAAUAACGUCACGAUCAAAAUCAAGAUCACCAUCAGACUUGAGUCAAUCACAACAAAUACUGGCCCUACCCAAUUACACAACACCACCGCUGCCUCUUAACCAGUCGUUUGACUUUGAAGCAUUCGUGUGGAAUCUCGAAAAUGCAGUACCACCAACCAUUUCACUUGCGCCAGAAGCUGAAGCUGUACCGUUCUUCUUCAAGAACUUCAUCACCCUACCACAGCAAGCCGAAAGUACAAGAGGCUACCUCGAAUAUCUGGUGCCUCUCUACAACCGCGCCCGUCCAUCCUCGGUUCUUCACCUAGCCACUACCGCUGUUGCAAUGGCAACAUGCGGUCAGUACCCUGGCCGACAAGAGCUCCUCCGUGAGGCAGUAUCUACCUAUGGCAAAGCUAUCAAGAAGCUGAACGAUGAUCUGAAAGAUCCUGUGAUGGCGAAGAGUGAUGAGACCGUGGUUGCUAUUCUCAUGUUCUCACUGUAUGAAACAAUAAUGAGUACAGACGACACUAUCACAGCAUGGGGAAACCAUGUCGACGGCGCUGUUGCAUUGACGAAGUUGAGAGGAAUGGAUCAGUUUAAUGAUCCAAUGUCCCAUGCAAUAUUCCGUGCUGUAAGAACGAUGAUGAUCACAAGUUGUGUCCAACGCUCAAAACCUAUCGACACAUUCCCUGGCACGAAAGGCUGGAUCGGUAACGGCGACAUAUCCGAGGAAAACGCUGCCAAUCGCCUGACACUCAUCUGCAUCGAUCUCCCAAACCUACGCGCCCGCGCGAAUACCCUCACUACCACACCCUACGACCCUACCUACGAAUCGGAAGCAAAGCAGAUCCUCGAAUUUGCACAGAUGGUCGACAGCAACCUCGAAGAGUGGUACCGCACACUACCUCCCGAAUGGAAACAUCGCAUCAUCGGUGUCGUCAGCGAAACGAUCGCACCCGAAGACAUCGCGCUGGCGGAAAGAUGGCCAGGCGAGCAGCAUGUAUAUCACGACGUGCCGUUGGCGAGUAUAAUGAACGACUACCGUGUAUGUCGGAUAUUCUGUCGAAGAGUAAUUAUGGCAUGUGUAACGUGGCUAAGCUUCAGUGGUAACUAUGCGGAUGGCGAUGAAGCAUGGAAUAAAAGUGUGUUUGUCAUUCAGAUGAUGGUGGAUGAGAUCGGUGCUUGUGUGCCAUUCCACAUGAACUACGAACUGCAACCCGUGGCCAAAGAGAUGGGGCAAGAACAGAAUGCUGCGGAAGCAUUCGGAGGGUACUCGUUGGUGUGGCCGCUAUAUGUCGCAGCAAACGCCGAGACUGUACCGCAAGAGCAACGCGACUGGCUGUUUGGUCGAUUGUCCGUCAUUGGUACGAAGUUUGGGCUGAGUAGUGCUCAGGUAUUGGUCCUAGCAAGGAGACAUGUUCUGACAUGUGGACCCAUGUUUCCUUGA